AUGCGCUCGACAGGCCAAGUGUCCGUUUCAGAUGACGAGCAGGAAACGGAAGUCUUCCCUGCCGAGCAGCCCACUGCGAACGUCAACGGAACUGAAAGGAAAGACCAGCAGACCGACAGCAACCGACGAAAGCUGCAGUCGACGAAGAACAACCUCUUCAAAUCCACACCCUCGAUCCCUGGCGUGAAGAACAUCCGGAAGAAGAUCAAGAAGGGCAAGAAGGAGAAGAAGAGCAAGAGGGAGAGCGGCAACGACAACGCCGGAGACUCGGACUCGGGCUCGUCCUCGACGUCCCUACCCCCGUCGCCCCAUGUGACGACCGCACCACCCACCCCCGUCGGCCGCGACCGCAACACAGCGCUGCCGGCCAACUUCGACAAGGUCAACGCCACGCUGUUUGGGAUGCUCGACUGGGUGCCCAAUGGCCAGGAUCAGCCGCAACUGCAACAGCAGCCGCAGCAGACAAGGGCGGUCACGCCGCGCGAUGGUCGCGGUGGCGGUGGUGGUGGAUCGGCGAUAGGAAUGGUGGGCGCCAGUGCGACCACGCCCCGCGGCAGCGCAAAGGACUCGCCGAGGAAGGAAGACAAGAAGAGCAAAGCCAAGACGAAGAAGGGCAAGAGCAAGAAGAAGAGCGACAAGGGAGACAGCACCGACGCGCCGGGAAGCAGCAAGCGAAAAGAAAAGAAGGAAAAGAAGGAGAAGAAGAGGAAAGAGAAGUCGUCGUCAGUGGAGGAAGAGAAGAAGGAAAAGCGAGAGAAGCUCAAGGCAUCCCGGGGCAAGACGCCCAGGGGCGAAGCCAAGCCGGCGGAGACGGCGCCGCCGCCGCAUGGCAGCAGCGAGCCCGCUGUCGUCUUUGCCGUUCCCGCUGCCAUCCCUCCGGCGGUCUCCCGAGCCAACCUCUCGCGAUCGGUAGACGUCAUGGGCGGACCGGCCGCAGCAGCAGCAGCGAAGGAGCCUGCCGUCAAAGGCGCACGAUUCGCCGACAACAGCCCUGGCCUACUCGCGGCGCCUUCUCCAGCGCGAAGCCGAGGGCACUCUCGCGCGCAGAGCGUCGAUGUCAAAUCGCGUCACGCCAUGACCAAGGUCACGGGCGAGCGACGGGGAUCUGCCACGGACCAAUCUCAGGGGGAAAGGCAAUGGGCACUAUCCAAUACGGGGACUCCUGCCAUCGUCACUCCCGCUUCUCAGGCGCAGCAGCAGGCGGAGGCUAUGUUCUUCCAGGGGCAGGCGCAGAAUUUCUUUGCCGCUCAGCAGUCUGCACACCAGCAGCCCUCGCCGAGGUUCAUGGAGCAGCCUGACCACGUUGCCGCGCAGGCAGCAGCAUUCUUUGCCGAUGACCAAUCAUCGCCCUUCUUCGAUCCCUUCUCCGCCGCCGCACCCGCCCAGCAGCCAUCACCGCGCGUCUUUGAUCAGGCACCACAGCCGCAGCCGAGCAUGGCCGCUUCCUUUCUCCCCUCGCCACAGCAACUGUACGAUGCUCAGCUGCAACAGCAACAGCAGCUCCAACAGCUCUACGAACAACAACAGCAGAUGCAGUCGCAAACUCUCCCCUCGGCUCAGCAGCAGCAGCAACAACAACAACAACACGUCGGCGUGCCCGCGCCGACCUCGGGUCCGGACAUCGGCCGUGUGUUGGCUGAGGCCACCAAGGCCACGUCUCCGCUGCCGGACCGAUCGGCCCUGAAGACGCUGGUCGAGGAGUCCUGGAGGCAGCAGAGCAGCUCCGCCAUCUUCGACAACAUCGCCCAGCUGCCCGUCAAUAACCCCAUCGUGUGCCUCAACCUGCUCUCUUCCGUCCACCACCUGCUUCUGCACGGUCACCCAUCGGUACGCACCGCACGCACGCACACGCCUGCACGCAACAUAACUCGUCGAUUGAUUCGCUGA